AUGACACAUGCGAAUAAAAGUGAAGGUUAUGAUGAAAUAUCAAAUAAGGAGUAAAGCUUAACAAGGCUUCCAUAAAUAGAUGAAAGCUAUAUUAGGGAUGAAACCUAUGGAAAUAAGGGAAUGCAAAAUACAAACACUAAUCAAGUUAAUCCUUUAAAGCAGUAUGAGGAAUUCAAGAAAAAGAAAGACAUGAUUUAUCAUGAGAUACUCUAGCAAAAAUCAAGGCUAGAUAAUAACCAUAAGUAGCUUAUAUUUAACAAGCAAUCAGACAACAGUAAUCAAAAGUCAACUCGCCCUUCAAAUAUUAGUAAUAAGGGAUUAUUCAAUAUUAUACAUCCAAAAAAUGAAUUAGAGAGCAAGUAUUAAGAUCUUACUAAUUUUAACAGUAAUAGGAAAUUGCAUAAAAAUAGACUUAUAGGAAGUACAUUGCUAGAGCCAAUAAACAGGAGCUAUGAUUUUAAUAAUGAAAUAGACUAAAAUAGAUCAUAAAUUAAUGCAGAAAUAAGGAAGACUAGAAAGUUAACAGAUAUUGCCUCAAUCACUUUGUAUAGUAGAAAUGAUUUUAGUAAGAAGUCAGGCAAUUCUGUAUAUAUUGAUAAACUCCUUAGGAAAAAACAAAAUUUUGAUAAAAAUAAUGUUUCAAAUAUAAAUAGCACUUAAGCAACUGCAAACGAUGAUAAUAGUAAGGUCUAUAAGCAGCAGUAAUUGAAUGUAUCUAUGAAUAGGCAGAAAACUAUCUAGGAUGAAAAUAAAGAUAAAGUUGGUAGCAUUAAAAUGAGUAUGUAUCAAACAUACUCUCCCCACAAAAUUAGUUAAAAACAUAUAAGAUCUAUCUAUGAAAACCAGUAUGAAUCUAAUAAAAGAUCUGUUAGUAAAUUAAGAAAAUUGAGAGGAGAUGAUACUAGUAAAGAUCUAAUGAAUAGCUCAAAAAGAUUUAAAAGCAUUUAAGAAAAUUAUCCUCAAGAAUCCUAAGACUUACAAGAAAUGCAAAUGAUAAAAAUUGAGCUUAAACCCUAUCCAAUAACUAAAAAUAUCAAGCUGUCAAAUUUAGGUUAUUCUGGAGUUUCAUAAAUUAACAAUGCGUCUUAAGAUUAGGCUAUAAAUUCACAGGUUAUAGAAAUCACAAAUAUGGCCAGCUAACUAUAUCAAGCCAAGAACUAAAAAAAUUUGAAUAAUUCAGUCAUCGUUAUCAAGCCAACUUUAAAUGCUUAAAUAUAUCCUAAUUUAAAAGAUAAACAGCAAAAUUUAUAAGAGCAUUCUACAAUAGAAACUCUGGAGUAAAAUAAGAUCAGGCAAUAGUUCUCUUAGAGAAAAGAUACUAAAAUGACAAGCAAAACGAGAACAUCUAGAAUAGAUGAGAAGGACUAAUAAGAUAAAUUCAACAAACUCAUGAAGUUUGACCUAGAUACUCAGGUUAACAAGAUGGAUCAGUAAAUAAAUUAGUUGAGAAAGCAACUUAAGAAUUCUGAAAAGUAUUCUAGUUGCAAUAACAUUGAUAAAUCUGUGAGUCCUAGAAAAGUCACAUUCUAAAUCGAUCCAACCAAUAAUGAUGAAUUAUUUCAAAUUAGAUUCGAUGAGUGCUUCGCUCUAGAGGAGAAUUACAUGAACUGCCUCUUCCAGAAAGCUCUCAAGGACAGAACCAUGAACAACAACUGUGUUCUUGACUCCAUUCUUUGGUUCCACCUCGAGUGCCCCAAGGCCGCUUCCAAGUUCGAUGAUCCAAUUACUUUCAAGCGCAAAGUUCACGAUUUCAUCGCAGAGCAAAAGAGUAUCAGAGAAGGAAUUAAUAGUAUUAGCACAGACUUUAACAGACUUAAAGCUCAAUUCGGUGGUGUAGCCUACCCAGAAGAUGUCCAAGAAAAUAAAUAACUUAGAUAAUUCCAUGAUAUCUUUGAGCAACAUUCACCAAUUAAAACUCCAAUUCCUGAAGAGGAUUAUGAAAACGAACACGAAGAUGAUCUUUAUGAGGACAUCGAUCCCAAGGAAGCAGAAUAUCUUGACAUUCCAGAUUUUCUCUAGCCCUAACCAAUCACUCUUCAGGAUAGUAAGAGAUUUGCUCCAAAGCAGGAGGUAUCUCAAGACGAAGAAUGA